AUGGAUAAAGCCUAUUUUAAAGAAAUGACACUUCAUGCCUUAACCUCUGAAUAUUUGGACUGGUAUGCUAAAUUGAUUGAAGUACCAAGUUCUUUGACUGAUAAAAUUCAUUUGAUCUUAUAUAGAGCAUAUAUGAAAGAAACUGGGCUUGAUCUCUGGAUAAAGUCUAAAGUUUCUGAAUCUCCACAAAUCGAUUAUGCUAAUAAUCAUCUUUCACAAGACUGUAUAAUCAAGAUUUCUAAAUUUCCAGAAGAAAAAGAUGUAAUUAUUGAAAGCACAUCAGAAAUUCAAGUAAGUGUACCAAACAAAACCCACCUUUAUCAGCCAGAAACAGACUUAUGUCAAUAUACCAUCAAGCAUAAAAUGGAUUCUAAGAAAGUUUUAGUUAUUACAGAAGCUGAGAAAAAUAGGUGGACCAUAAGAUGUUUUCAUAAGAAUUUGGAAAGAAAUAUAUGUUUUUAUCAUAGUGAAAUAGAAAGUAAAGAAAACUCUAGAAAAUAUUAUAAAUUUUUAAUAGAUCAAGAGAGGCUGGUCAGUAAAGAGUUAUUAUAUCAUAGUAUGAUAAAGAGUGGUUUAAGUAUUGCAUGGCUCGAUAAUCUUAUGAAAGAAUAG